UAUAUGGAAAAAGGGAUUACAUCAGGCACGACGAAGUAUACAGUUGGAAAUUUUGCUGCAGGCGAUUCCGCCGGUUGAAUUAAUCGCCAAUUAAAUUUAAUCAAAAAUCGCCUUCGGUCAAUCGAGUCCGUCGAAAGGUCAUCCACGACUCCACGUCGAUCCGAUACUCGUCACGCGCGAACGCAACGUCAACGUCAACGAACGUCAAACCGCGAGAGGUGAGCUGUCCGAGUGCAUCGGUGGCGCAUCGGACUUCGGAGUCGUCAGUCUCCGAUAGCCCGAUCCCGAGAGACCCGAGAUUCUCCCGAGGGCCCGAGGGGGAAUCGGAGUUCGAAGUAUAAUCAGAUCGGAAGUUCGGAAGCGCGCGUCGCGCCACACGGUCCCGCCGGAUACAGCUGGAGGACAGCUGGGACUACCGACGAUCGACCGUUUACGUGUCCGGGAGUUCGAGAGCCGUCGGAGGUCGGAGGAUUACCUGGCGGGGAACUUGGCACUUGAGGAGUGAUUUCAAGGACUCGAGGCUGCGAGCGGUAUGUCGACUCGGUGAAUCGCCGCUGGAUUCCUGGUGGAGGGAGAGCGAGACGGCCGCGCGGCGGGGGAACGGCGGCCGCGCGACGACGAGAUAACCAAACCGAGAUAGCGGGCCGACCGCGACGGCAGGUUCGGCUCGUGUAAACACAGACGCGUAGACGCGAGCGAUGAACGAUCGCGGCCCAGUCGGUUCGUCUGGUGAGAGAACGAGAGGGUACCGCGGUGCCCGCUUUAUCUGAAGCCACGAUGUGCCGCGCGAUAAGACCCGCAGCGUAACUGGGGAACCUCGUUGUGACUCAUUGUGCCGUGAGGUAGAAAUCUGGAAUCAUGUAAAGUGACGUGGAGAAACAGCAUCGUCGCAGCGUAGUUUGUUUAGUCGCGAAAGAUAGAGAGAGAGACGCAACAAUGGGUUCCAUCGCUCUGGAGGAGUACGAGUUGAUGAAGGACUCGAAGUAUCGGGUCUAUGUGUCCGCUGUCGACAAGGCCCUGAAAAGCUUCGAGUACACGAGCGAAUGGGCAGAUUUAAUUUCUGCCUUGGGAAAGCUCAACAAAGUGCUGUUGAGCCAUAUGAAGUUUCCCGUUAUUCCAAGGAGAAUCAAAAUAUCGAAGAGAUUAGCCCAAUGCAUGCAUCCGGCGUUACCUUCUGGUGUUCACUUAAAAGCUUUAGAAACGUACGACAUUAUUUUUAAGUGUAUGGGCACUAAUAGGCUCAGCCAUGAGCUCUUCAUUUAUAGCGCAGGGCUAUUUCCGUUAUUGGGUCAUGCUGCUAUGAAUGUCAGGCCGUCAUUGUUAACUGUAUACGAGACGCACUUUGUGCCACUCGGCGAAAGGUUGAGACCAGGAUUAAGUGGUUUUUUAAGCGGCGUCCUCUUGGGCCUAGAAGAUGGAUCUGAUCAUUUUGACAGAACUAACUCCUUACUGGAGAAAGUGUGCGAGGGUGUGGGUGCGGAACACUUUUAUGCAUGUCUCUGGGACUGCUUGGCUUCAAACUCUGGCAUUCGAUUGCCUGCAAUAUCGUUUGUGCUAGCACAUUUCAACAAGAAGCUAUCAAUGGAGGAGCAAAAAUAUAUUAUGGGUACUAAUACUAAAAUUAUGAUUUCAGCCUUAUGUGCUGGAGUGCGAGACACUUCGGUGUUGGUGCAGAGAAGCGCACUGGAUUUUCUGUUGAUAGGCUUUCCUAUGCACAACAGUCAGUUAACGCAUCAAGAUAUGAUAUUGUUAAUAAAAGCUGCUCUAGUUACUAUAUUGCGAAGAGACAUGAGCUUAAACAGACGUUUGUUUGCUUGGCUGUUGGGCACUGAAGUGAGCACAUCGAUUUUAAAGAAGAAGACCCAUGCAACUGCAGAUACUAAAGAGGAUGUAACGUACUUUGAUAUGUAUUCGAAGGAAAUGCUAGUCGAAGCGAUAAAAUAUCUGCUUAAAGAAGUGUGUGAAGAAAAUUCGCAAGAUUUGAAGCCAUAUAGGAUACUUGUCUCGUUACUUGAUAAGGUGGAUAUUGGACCAAUAAUUUUGGAUGACAUUCUGUUUGAAGUGUUUAGAACAUUUUAUAAUGCAUGCAAACAAUCCGUGUCGAGUCACACACCGAAAGCGAAUGAAGUGGUGAAGUCAGCGAAUCUGUUAUUUUCGACUCUGGAACCGUCGUACAUAUGGAUACAUUGCGGGCAUCUGUUUGAGAAAGCCUGUAAUACCAGAGCGAAGACGCAAGUCGCGAUCGAAGACGUCGCUGUCAGACCGGUCGGUAGUGGAAUGCCGAAUCUCGUGGAAGUAUGCGUGCUAACGGAAUUUUUACUUGAGACUGUGUCGUUGGACGCGUUUAUCGACACGCCGUCUGAACAUCUUCCUGGCUUAUUUUACGAAAUAACCAGCAAGCUUUUAUAUCACAGUAAUAUCCUGUCCCCGAUGGAAAUUUCGAAAAGCCUCAAAUUGUGCGGCAAGAUCUUGUCGAGAGUGCAACCAACGAUGAUAACGGCUCAUGCGGACAAGUGUGGUGAAGUAGAUACCAAGUUGGACACGUCUCUGAAUAACAUUACAGUUCCCAGCGAUAAUUCCUUAACGGCGAUCCCUUUAGAGAAGAGUCAGUCGGAUAGUAAAUUGAAUAAGCCCGACACGUCCAGUAUCCCCUUCGUGGAGAAAAGCCCAAGUACAAGGAGAAGAGCCAAUUCCGGCGGUGCCGCUAAAAGGAACGAGAAGAAGUCGAAGAAGAAGGCGAGCAAAAGCACUCCCAAAUUAAACGACACAUACACUAUACAAGCCGAUGGCAGUAGCAUAUCCGUUAUAGUGAGCGAAGACCCGAAACCUUUAUCUAGAAAUAAAAGCAUGGACGAUAUUAAAGCGAGCUGCAUUGAGACCGAUGGAAUCUCUUCGAAGAAUCAAUCUUCGGACAGCCGUCUAGCCACGUUGAAAAACUUCAAGAAUGUUACUCCAAUGGGAUCGACGGGAUCCUUGUGUAGGGGACCAUCUCCGGCGUUUCAGGCACAGCACUCCAUGUUGGAAAAGUGCCUGCGGCAAUACGAAAUAUUUUAUGUUAAAUUAAUUAGCAAUCGGAUACUUAGCAAGGAGAGAACAGUACAGGAUAUGUUCGAUCAUUUAGUGGUGUCUUAUCCGAGAAAGAGUUUUGACGAGAGAAUGCGUUACUUGGAAUUCUUGCUGAAUUCCAGAUUAAACAUAGACGAUUCCGGAUUCUUUAGUCAAGACACAUCCGUAACCGAGGAUACCAAGUGCCUGGAUAUUUUUCACCUAUUUCUCGAUAUGGCAGCGCAAUCGGAGUGGAUCGAAGCCAUGAAAAUAGCGUCCAGCUUGUUUGUCGAGUUGUCCACAUUUCCAAAGUACUUUUUGCCCGGCGACGACGUACUCGUGGAGGAGGAGCCAAAGUUCGAGCACGUCCUUCCGGAUUGGUUGAAAGUUUUAAUAGUUUGUUCCUGCUGGUUGCAGAAACAACCCGCGUUACAGUUAACGAGCAUCGCCACGUUAUUGGACUUGGUGGCAUUGUUGAAGGCACACAAUGACGUCGAGACACAUCCGAAAAGUGGAGAAGGUGUGACGACGGUUAUUAUCGUGCCUCUGUUGAAGCAAUGGCAUGUAACUUACUUGAUGCAGUAUACUAAUGUGUUUCAGGUAUUGGCACAUUCCUUGUGGAAUCAUUUGGGCGAACUUCCCGCUCAUAAGUUCAGGAUGCGUUGCGUAGAACUUUUGCACGAAUUGCAUCACGCUUUAUACGAUUCCUGCAACGCGGUCGAAGAUCUGAUAGGAUCUGCGCUCAUUUCUGAGAAUCCCGAGAAGAGGAUCGAGGCAUUCGGUAGAUUCGCCACUUUGUGGCAUUUAGGACGAGAAAUCGAAACGAAUCCAAGGUUGCGUGGCUGUCUCAGAACUUUUGACCAAUCCUUAUUGAAAAUAUUGGACAAUCUUCAGCUUGCGGAUAAUUCGCCGUUAAAGCUGCAGGCUCAAUCGUGGCUGCUACAUUCCUUGAUGCGCGGCGACAUAUCGCGCGUAAUAGAUCCCCUGCUGACAAUACUAUUAGAUCCAUCCACAUGUCGUAUGAGCGUCCUUCACGUCAGUAUACAACACAGUAAUACCGUCCUAACGAAGAACGAUCCCGUGGAGGAGAAAUCGGAGGUACAGGACGACACGGAGGGUGCAGCGAAAAUUUACGCGAUUAGUUCGGUCGAUGGUAAUGUGAUAUAUCACGUGAGCGAUAGCGUGGACGAGGAUAAAAGGUGGAAGAAGGGUAAGAAGAAGAAGCCGGCGAUAAAUCCUGUGAAGAUAAAACGAAUUUUCGCGGUGACAACGCUGGCGACUAGUGAUAAUUGCAAUCACUAUGUCACGGAGAAAAAUCAGUUUAUGAAGGAACUCGAGGUACCGCCCAGUAUAUCCGGCAACAGGAAGAUUUCCGUGUUUGUAAAUCCCCUCUCGAUCAACUGUAACGAAAAUUCAAAUGACUCUUUGACGGAGGACGAUUCGUUGCCCAGUAUGCGUAAGGGAACGGAGUUGCUGAAAAAUGCCACCCGUUUCAAGAAAAUUGAUUUCGACAAAGGUUCUACUGCCAGUUUAGACGAGAGUCUUUUCGAAUCGACGAAUUCCAGCUUGAAGGCAAAGGAUAAGAGUAGCUACAAGAAGUUGAACGACGAUGUCGAUUCGUCGUCGGAUUCCAUAACGAAUAGCUUGGACUCGAGCAGUCCCGAAGUAACUAACAAACAGUCGAAGCAAAAGAAGGAAACUGUCAUAAUGCCGGGCAGUUCCAGGGAGGUGGCGGGCACUAUCAUAAAGGGCAGAUAUUACAGCACGAACGAAUUCAGCGCGAAUUACGAUCAUGAUAUCGGCAGUUUCGAAGCGAGCGCGGAGGUGCCCAGCUGGACGAUGGACGACGACGACGGCGAACUCGAUGUCAGCACCACUGCGGAAGAGUACUUCAGCAAUUCCAGCUGCACCAGCAUAGUCGAAGAGAUUCUGAACGAAGUGCUCGAUCGUGCAAUGCAAUUGUGCGACAUCGCCGAACCACCUAAAAGCGAGGAAAUUCCACAGCAUAACGCGAAAACUAAUCGAAAUGUCGGCCUCGGUGUUCACAACCUUCACUCUCACAUGUUGCUCUACUGUGGGGUGUACGAUUCGGCCAGGACUCUUUAUGCUCUGCGUACCCUCAGGAACGAACUAUUGACGAACAUGCGAAUGUUUCUGUGUUGCGCGGCAACAACCGGUGUGACGAACGCAACAAAGAACACAGUGUUAUUAAACUUGUUGGCAAGACAUAGGAAAAGUGUGUUUGGCCGGAACUUUCAUGGUGAUGUAGCUAAUACGGAAUUCAUAGCGGCUUACAGGAGUAGCAUGUAUCUGGAAGUGUUGAUAAGCGUAUGCCUGUAUUUCGCGAGAAGCUACUAUCCAAAUCUGGGACAGAUGAGACUUACGUGCGAAGAGAUCGCUGGUAAUCGCCAGGUACAACUUGCGAGUGCAGAGUUACUGACGCUAAUAUUUUCCGAAUUAAUCCCGAUCGUCCGCGAUUCUGGAAAAGGCUUUAGCUGCUACAUAGUUGAUUUAUUGACUAAAUGUAAAGUACAAAAAGUUGCUCUGCACUGUCUUGUGUCCAGUGUUAUGAGCAUGAAGAACGCUCACAAGGAGACUGAGGAUGUCUCCACGUUUACUGAAGAAAUCGUGUUAUUUAAUGACCCGUUUGUCGACAAUGAUGUUAACAAAUGUAAAUAUAGAGCAAGCGAUCAUACGGAAGCUUUCCAGAUACAGUUGUUACGGUUAUUAUUAGCGUUAAUUAUGUUGGAGCAUCAGUGUAGUAGUCAAAAAGGAGAGGAAAUUAAUUUAACGACGUCGCCUAUACCAAGUUCGCCGACACGGACGUCAAACUUGAUCGGGAACAGUUUGAAAUAUGUCUCUGGGGCAGCAAUACCACAGCAACCGAUGUUCCUCGCUAGUAUUCUUAGCGCCCUGCAACUCGAUCACAUGAGACAUCUUCAUCAACAUUGGACCACUCUUGUUACGUCCAGUCUACCUUUUAUGGGACCGUCUUUAACAUCCGUUGUAACGUCGGUUAUUCAUCAGCUGUGCUGCAAUAUUGAGCACCUAGCGUCAUAUUACAUCAGCGAAGAAGCAACAUUGACAUCAAAAUUACAGGAUAUAAGCACAGUGGAAUGCUGCUUGCCUGCAGAUUACACCGUAACACAUUUGGAGGCUUUGACGUACUUGCUGCAUUACUGUCUAUUGGACACCUCUCAGCAAGUUGGAUUCUCGUUUAAUCAACCGUUAAGUGGUACGAUACAAACGGGAAUUCCCGGUGCUAAUCCCGGGCAGAUAUUCAACAAUCUCAUACACGUUUUUAUGCCCAGUCCACUUUCUCCGGAUUUAUCCACAGCGAAGGAUAAAACUGGCGCGAACGAGCUGCAGCAACACGCCAGAAGAACAGCAUUAAGCCAUUUACCAAGAAUAAUAGCAUCAUUGUCUGCUUUAUGGCAAGCGGUUCUGGCAACAAAAGACAACGAACAAGCUAGCUGUGUGGUGGGCAGUCCGAGAAUAGUCAAAUAUCAAUUAUUGGAGCUCCUGUCUCCAAUUUCUUUUCAUCACGGAGCCAACUUCUUGGCUGCAGUCGCGGUUGCAUGGCACGAAAGGCGUCAACCAUCCGCUGCGUCAAAGAAGAUACUUCCGGAAGCCUGCCCUAAUCAGCAAGUAAUGGUUCACCUUGUUAGUGCGAUUCGUGUUAUGCCCAUUGAUACUUUGGUGCACACCGUGCAUCAAGUAGUGAAAACGCCACCGCCGAUACAUGGAAUCAAGCAAGAUUUCUCACUAGAAGUCUCGGUCCUAGAAUUACUUUAUGUCUACAUGCAGAGUAACACGUCGCAAUCGCUUAUCGAGUCUUGGGCAUCCUUGCUCAGUUUAUUAAAGGAUGGUCUAUCGCUAACAGCACCUGCCCAAUUUCUCUUGCUGGCUAUACUGAACGAAUAUGUACAAAAGUGCCCACCUAUGCAAGAGAAGAAAGACAUCAAAGACUUGCAAGACGUGUCUGCGAAGUUGAUCGAAUCGUGUUCGCAAAUAGCCGGUGCCUGUUUAGAGCAAACAACGUGGCUAAGAAGAAAUUUGGCCGUCCGAGAAGACGUUUUCGAGGUGGUGGAAGGCUCUUCGGAAGGUAAAGAGGGAAAAAAUGGUGCUGUAACACCCGGAACCCCACCUAAUGCGGCGUACAGCGUUCAAGCGCAAGCGGUAUUAGCGGAAAUACUCGCACCACUGUUGGAUGUUGGUUACGGUUCGCAAGAGAAGGAGCGCGUGGUAACGCUCCUGACAAAUCUCAUGUACAAUGUUACACCUUACCUAAAGAAUCACACGAUAAAAAAUAUCGCCUCGUUCACCGCUUGCUCUCAACUAUUGGCUUCCUUAUCGGGAUAUCAGUAUACGAGAAAGGCAUGGCGCAAGGACGUUUUAGAUUUGUUGCUCGACUCGGCCUUUUUCCAAAUGAUACCGGCCUGUCUACCGUAUUGGAGAACCAUAAUAGACAAUUUGAUGACACACGACAAUACUACCUUUAGAGAUUUAAUGAAUCGCGUCUCCAUGGCUCAAGGCAGCGGGAUCAGUAUAUUUUCUUCGAAAGAACAGGAGUACGAGCAGAAAGCACAGCUCCUGAAACGUCUGGCGUUCGUCAUUCUUUGCAGCGAAAUGGAUCAGUAUCACAAAUAUAUGCCGGAGAUACAAGAACGUUUAGCAGACAGUUUACGCCUACCCCAAGUAAUCCCGUCUAUUCAGGCGCAAGUGUUUCUCUGUUUUCGCGUACUGCUAUUGAGAAUGUCACCACAACACGCGACAUCCUUAUGGCCGGUCAUAGUUAGCGAGCUUGUUCAAGUAUUCCUCUACAUUGAACAGGAAUUGAGUACAGACAGCGAAGAAUUCAGCUCGCACAUCAAACUGUUGUCCGCUCUGGACUCGUCGUGGGCUGUUAACGCCAGCAACGGACUUCAGGCACACGGGCAUCCUCACUGGUUGCAACUGCAGCUGGCUGCCGCUAAGCUGUUAGACCUCGCGUUGCUGUUGGACGCGCAUAGAUUACCACAAUUUCAGAUGUAUAAAUGGGCAUUUGUCGGAGAUGCAGCGGCAGGCUGUAUGGAUAACAAUAACUUAUCUUCAGACUUUGUGCCGCAUAUUACGAGAAUAGCAAAAUUGAUGGACAGUAAGUUCAAGCCAGAAGGUCCACCGCCGAAAAGGAAUCCGGGGGAGCUUCUAUUAACGUCGAAUAACGUUCGCUCUUUGCAAGAUCUGCACCAUUUCUUCUCAAGCCUUAGUCGUGCUACGUGCGACACAUACGUGCCGAUAAAUAACACGCAACUGGAGACUGUAAUCGAGCAGGACUUCCUUGAGAAAAUGCCGGCCGUGCCAGCGAGAUAGUAAGGAUGCUAUAGUGAAGCUGUAUAAGUAAUAUUCGUUCGUCAAUCGGGAAAAAAAUGUCGUUAAGACGCUUUAUCCUUUGAUAUAUUUAUAAAAAAUAUAUACAAGGUAUCAAGGAAGUUCGCCGCACUUAAUUCUAUACGUAAAUAUUAUAUUGUAUAAAUGUGGCACAAUUAGAAUACAGACAUCCAGAAAACGCGCCAACUGCUUCUGUUAUUAAAUGUUUCGAAGCGUUUGCUUGACAAAUAAAGAAAAAAAAGAGAGAAAAUUUAUUCUGUAUCAAUGAAAAGUAUGCUAAAUCUGAGGACAAACGAAUAUUUGAACGAGUUUUAGUCGCACAAGGAGAAAAAGGAUUGAUACGUCGAGAGCUAUUAAAUGGACAAAUCGAUCGUGAACGAAAUAGGAAAUUUAUUUUAUAAUUAAGAAUCAGGAGUGAAUUUGAAGCGUGUAAAAUAAUCGACAUUUUCUGUUACUGGUUUUUACUUGAUUAAGCUUUCGAUUUGUCUCCUCAUUCGGUUGUGAAUAGUUAUCAGCAUGUAUAAUAUGGCAAGCUAAACUCGCUCGUUGGCCUGCUGUUGUAAAAUUGUAUGGAGCGUGUACAGUGUAACAUAAUAUUUAUACGGAACAAGGUCUUCCCACUAUUUUCUGACACACAACCGUCAUAAUUUUCCCGCCGAUAGCUUUAUUUCUUUUUCUUUAACUUCCCAUGUUAUCGUGCAAUUUAAAGUGACAGAUCGCAGGAGGUAUCUCCACAGGUCUGAGUAGCAAACCCCGCGCUGAAAUGCAGACCAUGAAAGAUGGAUGAACGGAGAGAUAGAAAUUCACUUAAUGCCCCCUUCCCCUCCCCCCGCUUGCAAUACGAAGUGUGCGAAUAUUGAUUGUAGGUGUGGAAGUUCAUGAGAUUUCACAGUGAAACCCCAGGCGGGGUGGAGUGAAGAUACAUUGGGACGGUCCAGUUAUGUUUUCGACGAUGUACCUGCAUUGUUCCCGCAUGCGUCAUCAAGCCAUAGUCUGCCUUUCGUCGCGUUAUCGAAGCAGCUCGCUCGCUUUUAUGCGUUUCGAACUACCUGAUCAGGAAGGCACACCGUGAAGACCUUAUGAACUUCUAUCUUAGUUGUCUAACAUAAAGUUAUCCUUAUUGCCGAACGCUCUUCAUCUUAACGAACAGACUUUGCUAUAUGUAAACCGAUAAAUCGAUAUUACAUAAUGCAGUAUAAUAUAUACGCCGUAUAAAUAACAUGUGCUUGAAAUAAGACAUUAUAUUUUUAUGAGAAAUUAAUAUAUACUGAGAAAAAUCUAAUACCAAGAAUAUCUACUUACUCCGUACGGCAUGCCCGUGCAAGCUUCUGCACACAGUUAGGAAAAAUAUAAGAACUCGAAGAUAAGGGGUCUGUUUUCUGUUGCUGAACUGGCUGCAUUAGUUCAGAGUUUAUCUUUUUUACUCCACAUUGGAAGGAAAAAGAGAAACUCUGAACUAGUAUAGUGCAGAGCCAGUUCAGCAAUAGAAAACAGAUCCAAAAUAAUGGAAUAUAUAACGAGAAAAAAUGUACGUUGUCUAUUUUGCUCAAUAAAAGUUUUAAAGUUGCCCGUUAGGACACAUAUUGUUACUACCUUUCGCAAAUGAGCUUGUAUAUUGCUAAAAGAUCUUUUCUUUCCAACUAAAGUAAUUCUUUUAAUCCAAAGUAGUUCUUUCUUCAGUUUUUCGACCGAUAAAAUAAACCAACCGAUAAAAUAACGAACGAAUGAGAUGGCAGAAUCACAUUGGUAGAUAUUCUUUGUCAAUAAUAAAUGAUCGUGUCAAUAAAAGUGCUAUAUAAAGUGACAUAUAAAAUUUAUACUAUAAAUUUAUAUCAUAUAUUAUAUAUAUCUAUGUAUGUUCAUAUCUAUAUACAUAAUAUCAAUGUUAUAAAUUUAUAUUAUAAAUUCUAUAUACUCGCGACUUGUAUGUAUCUAAUAUAAAAGAAAAAAAUCGACGGCUUACACAGCGGAUUUAUUUUUUUAUACGCAGCAUUUUGAAAGCGUGCGAAUCUGCAAGUCGCAUAUAUAAUAUACAGUAACGUAGCGUCGAAUUAUUAGACACACUAGCUCGAUUUAUUUUGCGUCGCUAUUACUUCGAGAUUGUAAUUCAUUUCUGAAAGGAUAAUUAGUAUCGCAGUAUUAGUUACUACUCGGUGCUAAGCCACCAGUAGUUUAUAUACGAAUAAAUUCAUUCUGACUGCUUUAGA